AUGGAGGGAAGCUCAGGAUUUCAAAGCCCAAUGCAAGCCCGAUACCAAUACCUCUACCAGCAACCUCCCCUUCCGCCCACGGGUCAAACCCCACGAUUCCAAGGCCAACCUCCGCCAAACAAUCUACCAUCACAACCACCUUUAAAAACCCUAAAAUGGACCGAUGAAAUGGUAAAGCUUAUGAUUAUCGCCAUUUCUUACAUAAUGGAAGCUUCAAUAACUUCACCUGAUUCCAAAAAAACUACCCAAAAACCAACCCUCGUGUCAAAAGAAACAAAAUGGAAGGUCAUUUCAACGGUGAUGUCCGAAAGGGGUCACAAUGUGACACCUCAGCAAUGUGAGGACAAGUUUCUUGAAAUCAACAAAAAGUAUAAUCAACUAAUCGGGUUACUCGGUAGGCCCACAAGCUGUGAGGUUUUCAAAAACCCGAUUCUUUUGGACUCAAUUGAAAUGCCUGAAACCCUAAAACAUGAGGCCCGAAAGCUUCUAGAAUCAGAUCAAUUUUAUUAUCGGGAAAUGUGUUCGCUUCAUCAUAACAAUCGAAUAUUUAUUCCUCAUGAUUGGGAGGUUAUGAAGUUGGUUUUUUUGGGGCUUGAGGGUAAUAAAUGGGAUGAUUUGCGGGCCCGGCGGGCCCGGUUGGAAGAUAAGAAGUUGGAGUUACAAGAGAAGAGGUUGGAGCUUGAGAAAGAUCGGGUUAAGUGGUUGUGUUUGGAUCAAAAUGAAAAGAUGAAAGUGGAGAAGAUGAGGUUGGAAAAUGAGAAGUUGAAGUUUGAGAAUGCGCGCUUGGCAUUUGAAUUGAAAUGUAAGGGAAUGGUUGUAGGUGAUGAUGAGAACUGA